UCCGGGUAACUUGCAUUUUGGUUGCACACAUAGAAAGGAAGGCGACAAAUAAAGUAAACAGCUAAAGGUAACAACAAUAAAAGCACUCUAACACAUUUAGACUUGUGAAACGGAGAUAAGGAUGCAAAAAUUUCCUCGCCUCCUUUCCACAAUCCAACACCCACACAAAGCGUGUUUGUCAGGAUAAUAUGUUGAGAACAAAAAAAAAAAAAUAUUGAAACUUGUCUUUUCCACUCCCACCACACAAACCUUCAGUGACGCAGGAGCCAAGGGGAGGAUCGGAAAGCGGGAAGGAAGCAGCUGCCCACCUAAAAAAUACUGAAGGGACAAGAACGUGAACGUCGUUCACUGUCAGCAUGGAGUUUGCAUCCUCCCCCGAACCCUCCAAUACACACAAACACAAAUCCGAGCAUCUUCCUACGCCAUUGACAUUACAGCUGGCGCCUUAGGGUCAGGCCACAGGUCACAGGUCACAGCAGGGGGCUAUUUUUCUGCGCGUGCGCAUUGCGUAGAUGUUUGCCGCCUCACACGCACUUAAUUCGUUACACAUGUCACGCUCGUCCUCGUUGUAUCCUUCUGUCAACCCACCCAUUGCACCAUCACAAUACAAAACUGUAAAUCAUUUCUGACUCCAACCCUCCUGUGGUCCCCUUCCCCCUAAUCCGCUCUCGCACGUGUGUGUGUGUGUUUGUGUGUUUGUCAGCGCGCACUUACCACGCAGUAAACUGUUACUGUCAACUGUAAACUUAAGAGUUCCAUUGUUGUCAAGCUUGCCACCUCUGACCUUUAUGAUUAUGAAAGUCAGCUUGCAGCUCGAGCAUGGCGGAUGUCUGAAGUUCAGGGAUUGCGGGCGAAAGGUUGUGUGUUCAUUUGUUCAGUCAACAGUCAAGUUCAAGAUAACUACCUACCUCACCACCCUAGACUUCUAUUGAAGCACCGCCAUCAUCGCCAUCGUCACCAUCAUCGCCAUCAUCGCCAUUAUCGCAGGGGACCUGGCACCAGCCUGGCCACCCUACAGUUGAGCCGCAAGACACUGUGGGUGACAUCAUCAGUGUUUCCAUGGCCCAGACUGUCACGUGAUCCGGAGUUCAAUGCUGUCAGGUUCGUGGGCCACGUCAUCAGAAGAAACAGAUUACUGGAUGAAAGCAGCGAUGAUUGAGCGUCCAGAAGGUUUUGCGCUUGAUUAAGGGGAAAUUAAAAGGAAAUUAUGCGAUGGUUGUGAAGUAAAUAACUACAUGUGAACCUGUUUGAAAUAACAAUGAGGGCAAGGCUAGUGCAGAAAGGUCUCCAACAGACCUGUCCACGAGUUCAGUGCUCUUGCACAGGAUCGUAUUCACUAAGAACUGGUGUUGAUGCAAGAAAGUUCGAGCAAGACGCAGAAGAGUAGCUGGCCCUGAUACCUUGGCAUCUGCACCUGCAGAAGGUGCCAGAACGGCAGCAACAAGUAGAAUCGCAAUUUAAAUAAACCCACCA